UAAUUAACGAUAAAAUGGUUUUUUUGGUUCGACUACCUCCGGCUUUAUCCUUGUUGCCGCCAACUCCAUAGCUUCGUCUGACGUUUCCCAUGGCGGGCGAGGCUGAAGGCCUGCUCUUCCUCGUCUGCCGGCAGAUCGAAGAGAUCAAGACGCUCACUGACCGUGCCGCUGCCUACGCCGCCCUCCUCCAGGUCCUCCACCGCGGCGCCUCCGACCAUCCUCCUUCCCUCGAAGCCCUCGCCGAUUCCUUCCCGUAUCUCCUCCCCCUCCUGCUCUCCGACAUCCACCACUUUGACGAAGAGACCGCCGCGUAUUCUCUGAAGUGCCUCGGCUUCAUGCUGUACCACCCUUCUCUCGUAACGAGGAUUUCAGAGGACGGCGCGAUCCUGGCCCUGGAAUCGCUUGUGAAGCUGAUAACUAUAACAAGGAUGAAGCAUAUAUGUAACUUGGGCGUGUGGUGCUUCGCCGUUCAGCAAAUAGGACCUUCGGCUGUCAAGUUCUGCUUGCACUUGAUAUUGGAAGCCAUUAUUCACGCACUUGACAACCCUUUUGGUUCUCUGUCAAUCACAUAUGAGGCCACUCAGGCUUUAAUGGCACUAUCUAAGUUUUCUGUGGAAAUGAGAAACAUGUCAAACAUUUGGGUUCUGCCACUGUGCAGAAGACUUAUUAGCAACAACAAGAGAGAAAGGGAUAUAGCAGAGAGAUGCCUCCUGAGGACAAAAUCCAUUAUAUGCCCUUCGCCAAUUAUUCUUUCCAUGGCAGUGAUGUCUGACGUUAAGCGAAAACUUCUUCCAACAAUGAUGGACAUGAUGGAAGUUACACAAGAUCAAAGACAAAACAUUGCCAUUAUCCAAGCUUGGGGAUGGUAUAUCAGCCUUCUUGGUUCCGACGCACUUAAAGAUAGACAUUUAGUUAAUAAAAUGCUCAAAAUUCCUGAGCAAACAUUUGUUGAUCCUGAUAUUCAAGUUCAAGUGGCUACGCUGGUUGCAUGGGAAUCUUUAAUUGAUGCACUUCUGCCAUCUCAGUUUACUGAAAUUUGGAUAAAUAUAAUUCAAAAUGAGAUUAAGCAAACUAGACAAGCAACAGUUGCUGCUCCUGAUGUAAAAAUUGAUGGCCUGCUACGAAGAAUAAAAGUUCUGAUGACCCCAAUACAUGGAAUCUUGUCAAGCAAAUGUGAUCUAUCAGUUCAGUUGCGGUGUUUGCUUACAUGGAGGUAUCUUCUACGUAAAUUGGAUCUUUCGGUAAACUAUCCUUCAGUUAUUUCCACAACCUUUUGGCAAACUCUUAAAGUGGUAUUUUUGAAGGGACCCAAUGAUGAGAACAGGCAUGUUUGGAACACUUGCAUUGAUUUGCUUGAUGAAUUUCUUUUGUCAAAACUUACUGUUGGCAAAACGAUCCUGAAUGGUGAGAAGCACUCACUCUUUCCAGCUGAACAAACUGACCAAUCUGGAGCAGUGGAUCGUCCUAUCAAGUGGUUGCCGUGGGAUAUCAAGGACCUGAGCGAGCAGUUAAAUGUGGUUUUCUCAAUCAUCCUUCCUGAAAAAUUUGAGAUUAUGACAAGUGAAUGCAGAAGUCUGACACUAGAUACUGGCUUAAAGAUUUACAGAUCAGUUUUGAAGGGUGUUCAAGCUGAGAUAAAAAGAAUUCCUCAAUGCCACGAGAAGGUCAACAUUUACAUUACUACCAUAUCUAUGUUUAUAAAAGAGGUUCGUGAAACUAUGGCAUCAAACCAUAGUGCCCAUCAAUACAGGGACUUUUCAUUGGUGCAUGUUCAGUUUACAGAGGCAACAAGAGAUGAGCUAGAACAUUCACUUCUAUCGCCCUUCAACAUAAAACAGAUUGGUUCUGAAGUACUUUGCUAACUUGAAACAAACACAAGAAGGGAAUUCAACGCACUUCUCAGGAUUCGACUAUACGGAAUUCAUGUGUGAGGCUGUUUCCUAAAGAGGUGGUGCCAUACAUGUAUGUGGAGCAAGACUCUCAAUGUGUGCAUCAUACUUGCAAUGCUGGGGAGAUGAGAUUCUUAUGAUCCCGAAUUGUUCGCUUCCUAACCGAUGUUCUUGUUCCGAUCUAUUUGAUCAAUGAAUUUCGCAUAUUGUAUAUCCCAACCAUCGCAUUAUGAAUUUGGAUUAACAACAACAAAAUUGAGACAUGGUAUUGAUACUUUGUCUGAAUUUGUAAGAAACCGCUAAUUGGCUUCUAAUUUUCUUGGAAUCCAAUGCCCAAAAAAAUCUUGUAAAAAAUGCCUCUAAUUU